UGAGACAAACAAAACAGUCACUUACUCACUAGUACUGUACAAAACAAGAAACCUCCUUUUUAAAAUUCUCUUCAAAUACAAAACUCAAGGAUAAUAUCUCACUAUUUUCUGCAAAUUACUGAUGAAAAGCUUGGACCUUUAAAAAGAAAAGACUAAUAAUAAAAAUGGUGAACUCUUCUCAUUCACUGAGUCAACUCGCUCUGUUCUUGAUGCUUCUGCUGCUAUGCUGCUGCUUAUCAUCUUCUUUAGUGGCUGCUGCUAGGCCUGGUUUCCUCUUGACUAGACACAGAGGAAGAUGCACUCCUCAGUACUGGAGCACAAGGAGGGAAGAAUGGCCAAAGAUGGUCCCACAAAGAUCAACGGUGUCAAAGGUGUUUGGAUCAAGGGCAAUCGAACGGUUCAGAUCUGAUAUGACAAUGUUGGAAGCAGCAACUCGAAACGACGACGUUGAGAAUGCCUAUGCAAGACUAUUGAAGGAAUCAAGUGCAGCCUUGUUGAACUCCUAUGCUAGAUUGGGCUACCCUUACAAGUCUUGGGAGGUGAAGACUCUUCUUUUACAGGGCCUAUUCUCUGAGAAUGAUGCAGCCCAACAGGCCCAAAUACUUAAGAAGGCUAAUGAAGCUUGUAAUUAGGCUAAUUAAGGCUAAUUGUACUACUUCAAGUAGCAUAGUAGACUAGUAGUAGUCGAUAGUACUCCUUUCGUCUCAAAUGAAAACUAUAUGUCUUGUACGAUUUGCCUCGUGUACAAGGGUUAGUGAACUUGUUGAAUGACACUUUCUAGUUUGUAAGCUAUAGCUAGUACAAAACGAAUGAAGUGAAUUUCAUGUUAUAAGGUCAGGCUAGGCAAUGAGGUAAUGUAGGAGCCUAAAAAUAUGAUGCAAAUACUAAAAUGAUAAGAUCCUUUUGUAUUUGUAACCAGUUAUUACAACAUUAUUU